AUGUUUCCCGUUUCAGCAUUUCUGGACGCCUUUCGUUUGGUAUCGAUGCGACUUGCUAUCGGGUGCUGUCGUUCUCACUUUCUUUCCAGUCUCCCGAUUCUGUUGAUACCACAUUGCACCGGACGCUACAUGCGUCCAGGGUCUCUCUAUCGCCCUCAUCAUGAGCGAUUCGAUGAGAACUGCGAGCCGAGGCCACCGCUUCACCCGGAAACUCCCAGAUUUAAAGAUCCUGGUACCCGACCCAAGGGACGCAUAGCGGACAAGCAUCCUUUGCAAAUGGUUUGUGUACCGAACCGUGUAUACUGGUGGUGCACCUGCGGGUACAGCAAUACUCAACCAUUUUGUGACGGACAGCAUCUCAGAAUUAUCGGACAAACACCCCAUUUCCACAUAGACAAGGUCCAAUUUAAGCCUAUCCGGAUGACUUUUGACAAGAAAACCGAGGUCUGGUGGUGCACUUGCAAGCAGACCAACGAACCUCCCUUCUGUGAUGGAAGUCACAAAUGCGCCGCAGUACAAGAAGCUUUUAAGUACUAACACAUAUAUUGCAAUACAACAAGAAUU